GCGUCGUGACGUGUAACGCCUCCUUGCUGCUGGAGCUGGUGUUGGCCGUCCAUUACCAAGCCGGCUCGGAGAGACAUUUUAUUUUCGUGUAAGGUGAUAAAUGGCAGAGAUGGAGACUUCUGCAACCUCGCACAAGAAACAGAAAUUGAGUAACGCAGUUAAAAACUGGGGGAUGCAACGGGCUACUAAUGUCACCUACCAAGCUCACCACGUGAGCCGAAACAAACGCGGACAAGCCGUCGGGACGCGAGGAGGCUUCCGGGGAUGCACCGUCUGGCUCUCAGGCCUGUCUGGAGCAGGCAAGACGACGGUCAGCAUGGCUCUGGAGGAGCACCUGGUGUGCCAUGGUAUCCCCUGCUACACUCUGGAUGGCGACAACAUCAGACAGGGCCUGAACAAAAACCUGGGCUUCAGCCCCGAAGACCGAGAGGAGAACAUCCGCCGUAUAGCCGAGGUGGCCAAGCUGUUCGCCGAUGCCGGUCUCGUGUGCAUCGCCAGCUUCAUCUCCCCAUACAGCAGGGACCGCCUGAACGCGAGAAAGAUUCACGAGGCAGCGGGCCUCCCGUUCUUCGAAGUAUUUGUGGAUGCACCGCUGGAUGUGUGCGAGCAAAGAGACGUGAAAGGCCUUUACAAGAGAGCCCGAGCUGGAGAGAUCAGAGGGUUCACAGGAAUCGACUCGGAGUACGAGAAGCCCGAGGCUCCUGAGCUGGUGCUGAAGACUGAUUCCUGCAGUGUGAACGAGUGUAUCCAGCAGCUGCUUGAUCUUCUGCAGGAGAGAGACAUUGUACCCGUCGACGCUUCCUAUGAGGUGAAGGAGCUCUACGUGCCUGAGAACAAACUGGACUUGGCUAAGGCCGAUGCAGAGACUCUGCCCGCUAUUGAGAUUGGAAAGGUGGACAUGCAGUGGGUUCAGGUGCUGGCUGAGGGCUGGGCCACUCCACUCAACGGCUUCAUGCGAGAGAGGGAGUACCUCCAGUGCCUGCACUUUGACUGCCUGCUCGAUGGCGGAGUUAUUAACUUGUCCGUGCCGGUGGUCCUGCCCGUCUCCGGCGCAGACAAGGAGCGUCUAGACGGCUGCACGGCGGUGGCGCUGGUCUACAGUGGCCGGCGCGUGGCAAUCCUCCGCAACCCCGAGUUCUACGAGCACCGCAAGGAGGAGCGCUGUGCCCGCCAGUGGGGCACCACCUGCAAGGACCACCCCUACAUCAAGAUGGUGAUGGAGAGUGGCGACUGGCUGGUGGGAGGAGAUCUGCAGGUACUGGACCGAAUCUACUGGAACGAUGGCCUGGACACCUACCGCUUCACUCCCAAUGAACUCAAACAGAAGUUUAAAGAACUGAAUGCAGAUGCCGUAUUUGCGUUCCAGCUGAGGAACCCAGUCCAUAACGGGCACGCGUUGCUGAUGCAGGAUACACGCAGACGCCUGAUGGACCGCGGCUAUCGGCGUCCUGUGCUGCUGCUGCAUCCUCUGGGCGGCUGGACCAAAGACGACGACGUGCCGCUGCCGUGGCGCAUGAGGCAGCAUGCCGCCGUGCUCGAGGAGGGCCUGCUCGACCCCGCCUCCACCGUGGUGGCCAUCUUCCCCUCACCCAUGAUGUACGCCGGACCCACUGAGGUGCAGUGGCACUGCAGAGCCCGAAUGGUAGCCGGUGCCAACUUCUAUAUCGUAGGCCGAGACCCAGCUGGCAUGCCUCACCCAGACACAGGCAAGGACCUGUAUGACCCUACUCACGGCGCCAAGGUCCUUACAAUGGCACCCGGGCUCAUCUCUCUGGAAAUUGUGCCCUUCAGAGUGGCAGCCUACAACAAAGUCAAGAAGGCCAUGGACUUUUAUGAGCCCAAAAACCACCAGGACUACGACUUCAUUUCAGGCACGCGCAUGAGGAAGAUGGCACGCGAGGGCGAGAACCCACCGGACGGCUUCAUGGCCCCGAAAGCCUGGACUGUGCUCAAGGAGUACUAUAAAUCCCUGGAGAAGGCGUAAGUCAUCACCUGGGUGGAGAGAUGAAGGCUGACGAUGGUUCUGUUACAGUCAAAAGAAAGGAAAAGAUGUUGCAAGUGGGGGGUGGAAGGGGGGUGGAAGGGUUAUGUUGAAACAUGGUCAUGCACGGGGACCACUCGAACCUGUCCAGCUUUGCAUAGGGAAGUGGUGUAUUGAAUAUUACCUUAUUGCUUACAAUACACAUUAUUGGUUCUUUAAGUUACUGUCUGCUUUUGCUUUAGUUUUUUUUUCUUUAGUGAUUUUAAUGUUCUUGGAUGGAUUCAUGUCUUUUUACGCUUACAUUAUUGACUCCACAGUGAAAAAUGUCGUAUUUCAGAAGCAUUAUUAAAUGGUUUCAUGUGAAGAGCUUUGUCAAAGGAAGGAAAAAAAAACGGUUCACUAAUAUUAAGCUGUUAUACAGUUGAAGAAUUGAUCAUCGAAGUGUAAAUGUUUUGCUACAAAUGAUCUGAAUCAUCCUAAUUUUCACAACUACUUUCACUUCAACAUCUUACUGUAACAAAACACAUUUUGUAAUAAUGGUGUCACGAUUUAAGGCUGAAUCGCAGAUUUUCCCUGUCUGAGCCUGUCAAGAUGUAAAGAUGAAAAACUAAAGAAUGAUACUUUGCCUUAAUAUAAUACUGUUUAUCUGAGGUAGGGAUGCAUCGAUUCCAAGGCGUAGACCCUCAUCUCAGUGCUCAGCGUUCACAGAAAUGAUGUGCUGUCAAGAAUUUUUCUACAUGCAUGCUUCAGUGGUUCCACACUCGCGAAUACUUCUGCAUGCGCGCCAAAAAAAAAAAGUUCAUGGCACCCAUUUUGAAUGACCGUACUCACUAAUACUGCUCUGUGCGAUCAGCCAUCUUUACACUCUGUAUUAGAGAUACUGUUUAAACACUGUAAGAUGAUUUAUCUUCCCUGUUCCAAGUUAGGUGUAUUGUUGGAAGCUGCUACAGAUGUAUAGUUCUUCCUCUUGCUAUUUUCACAUCACACGGUUUGCAGUCUGCUUUGCUUUGAUUGCCGUAAUUAAUCCAGAAAUACCGUUCCUGUCAUCUGUUCAUUAGCAUGACAGCAUACACUAGGAUUACGUCACGUAGUAUCAGUGUCGGAUGUUGGCAUCAGAGAAUUUAAAAGUAAACGAGAACAGUAUCAGGUAGAUGGAGAGUUAUCCAAUAGCAGUAUCGGUAACGAUGCAUCCCUAAUCAGAGGUAGUUGAACAAAUGAGGUCAAAACGGUUUCCCGAACAGGUCAUCUGCCAAUGUUACUUUCUUUAGGUUGUUUGUCACAUGACCUCAUCAGAGUGCAGAUGUGGUUUGGUCAUCUGCAGCCUAACUGGAUGUUCUUUAGCGAUUAUGCAGUAUAUAGCUAAAAGUUUGUGGACACCUGACCAGAUGUGCUUGUUGAACAUCCCACUCCAGAUUUGAUGUAAUAACCUCCACUUUUCUUGGAAGGCUUUCCACUAGAUUUCGGAACGUUGCCGUGGGGAUUUGCGCUCAUUCCAGAGCAUUAGUGAAGUCAUGCGAGAAGGUUCCAGGUCAUCCUAAAUGUGUUCAGUGAGUUUGAGGGUUCAAAUCAGGGCUCUGUGCAGGCCACUCAAGUUCUUCCACUCCAACUUUGGCAAACCAUGUCUUCAUGGAGAUCAAUUUGUCUACAGCAACAUCUGGAAGAGGCCCAAACCUGUUCCCGCAUGACAAAGACAUUUCAUACAAUUGUGUGCUUCUAACUUUGUAGCAACAGUUUGGCGAAGAACCACAUAUGGGUGUGUGGCCGUCAGGUGUCCACAUACUUUUGGCCAUAUAGUGUAUCUCUGAUAUAUUUAUAUACUUAUGAUAUUGAAAAUAAGUAGUUUUUCUAUGUGGUCCAAACUUAAGAUGGUCACGCUAUGGAAUAAUGUAUUUUAAUGAUGUAAGGUUGAUUAUGUGAUUGAAAUGCCUUUAACAAAAUCUAGGUCAUUCAUGGUUUCUUUUAGCUUGUCCAAAGCCUAUUAAUAUGUGCACAGACACUCCACACACACACACACACACACACACACACACACACACACACACACACACACACACACACACACACACCCACACACACCCUAGUUGUUUUACCUAACUAAGAUGGAUGGUUUCUAUAAAUGUUUCUGAUUGUCAUUGUUUUAGCCUGUAGUUGGAUCUUUGUAUUGUUUUUAUUAUUAUUGUUGUUAUUAUUAUUAUUAUUAGUCACUCCAUUAAUUAUGUGGAUUACUCAUUAGUUUCUAAUCUGUUGUUUUGACCUUUCUUACUUCUUCAGCACUGUCUUUUAUUACUACAUCAUCUCCAAUAAACCAUUCCAAGCAAA